GCGCACACGCAUACACGAAUAUGUACGUACCGACGCGUUGACGAUGAUGGAACAGAGACGAACACAAACAAAAUGGCGGUUGCGCGCAGUGGUCUGUUUAUUUACUACGUAUCGUAAAAGCGAUAAAAAAAAUCGUAAUCAUUUUCGAUAGAAACUAAUGGAGGUGUGAGAAUUCGAAAAUUUAUAUGAAAAUACGGAACAACCAAGAAUAAUACGAAUGUGUCGUGGGUUUACGCAAUUGAUGAGAAAUUAGUGCGAGUUUUUGGAAACGUUGAAAAGUGAUUGUCAAGAAUCUGCUGUUAAAGAGACAAAGAGAGUGAGAGCGAGGGAGGGAGAUGGAGAGAGUGAGCGAAUGAGUGAGACAGAGAAAGAAAAAAAAAUAAAAAGACAUCACAGUUUGUGACCGCGAGGUAGACAGGGACAGACACAUUGACGCUUUUAUAUUGCGUCUUUUCUUCAUGGUCAUUAUUCGGAAACCAAACAUAACCUAUUUGUUGUUUUGUGUUGGGUAACUUUUCUGCCUGUUCCCUGCUGCCUACCCUCCUCCAGUUUGGGUUUCGCGCUUCUUGAAACUUCCACCAUUUUUCACCGUACAACUGUCUCGCACAGUUUUCUUUUCGAAAUUUAAAAAAAUUCAUCAAGUUUACGUUCACUAUGCGAUGUAUGGGAAUAAGCUGAGAAACGUCGAUGACGAGUCUCUCCUUGGAAUUUCGAGCAUGGCCGACGAAUCGUUGCCGGCGAGCUUGGAAAAACUCGAAAUUGAUCGCGCUUCGAUCUCCACCGUUGAACGUUCAAGCGGCGAAUUGAGCGAGCGAUCGAAAUCCCUGAAUCCGUUUGUUUCGAGCUCGAGGAGUGUAAAAUCGCCGGUAGAUACGAGUUAUUUAUUCAGGCGAAGAUCAAUGCCGAACAGGCCAGCGCCGAGUUUCGUGAGUCCGCGGGGAGUGCAGACCACGUCGAAUUUCAAGUCUUCAAGAAGCAAGACGGUUUGUAAUCGUCCUCGGAAAAAAGAAAAAAAAAUACUGCGAGAAGCUGUAUUAAAAUUGAGCGAUUCGAGCACGGGUUCGAGUUUGAGCGAAAAUUUGGCCAACACGUUACUGAAGGAGGCUUGUAGAUUGAGCAUUUCGAGUAUAAGCACAAGAAUCUUCGGCAGUGGUAAUGCAACGAAAGAUUUUCGCGGUUUGAAUCAGCGGGACAAACCGGAUACGAGAAGGGUUAAGGACGAUGCGAGUUUACCGGUCGAAAGUUUCGAAACGAGCAGUUUUCAAAGAGCGCGGAGCAACACGAUGCCCAGCUUAAAAAGAAGAAGCCCCGGGCCAGGAGGGGGAGGAGAAGAAAACGAAAAUUCAAACGUCCAAACACCCGCGCCCUCGACAUCUUCGUCCUUGCUUCCGGUUCCCAUCGACCCCAGUCUCAAUUCCCAAAAUGGUGGACAAUCCUCGAGCACCGCUUCGUCAAGCACUUGCUCCGUUCAAGCUCGAAUCUCUCCUCCAUCCUGUGACGUUACGAUCGACGAACUCGCCAGCUACUUCGAGGAAUUCGUUCAUAUUCCAAAGAAGAUGUCCCACAUGGCUGAAAUGAUGUACAUUUAAAUUAUAACGGCCCAUUUCUUUUUCCCAAUUCGCGCUCCCAUUUUAACUUCAACGUUACUUUUUUCAAAGGGUUUCGACCUUUACAGAAAAACUCCGGCCUUCGGGCUUACUACCCAUUUUUCGUGUUCGCAAAAGUCAAUCGGCGGAGCGUUUGUAAUGACCAAUAUUACAGUCAUUGUUUGAAAUUUCGUAAAAUUUUCUCGUCCCUUUCCAGCCUAUUCAAAGUUUCCUCAGAGACAAAACGAAAACGAUCAAAUCUUAAUUAUAAAGUAAAUUGUGGCUGCCCUAUCGAACACACACAAAGUCCUAAUUUCGCUGUGAGAUGAACCGUUGAACGAGGAAUUGAAAAAUCUUUUCUCGAACGAGUCCUACAAUCAAUUUUUUCUCUUAUUUUUGUCAUAUUUUUUUUGAACCCGCGCUGACCACUUAUUUUUUAAUGAAAUAUUGUUUCAAUACGUCCCUUUUUCGUGUUGUCCCUCGCGUCCUUAUUUCCUACAUAAAUUAUAUAUCUACAUGUACGAUAAUGAUAAUUAUAAUAAUAAAAAAAGGUUAAUAAAAAAAAGUAUGAGCAUCGAGAA